AUGCCCUCCCGUCAAUUACCACCACCUCCACUCCGCCACCAACACCACAACCACUUCCGCCACCUUGUUAUCUUUCUGGCCUGCGGGCUGACGGCGACUUUUUCCCUCCUCAUUCUCCUCGCUCUCUGCCUUCGCAAGUUCACCAACAAAUGCACUUCUUCUUCCUGCGACACUGAUUCCAAGAAACCCCCUCACAAACUCUCCUACUCCCUCCUCCGCCAUGCUACGAACAACUUCUCGCCCUCCCUCCGCCUCGGUCAAGGUGGGUUCGGCUCCGUAUACCACGGCACCAUUAGGCUUGCCCCAAUCUCCAAGAACAUGCCUUUCCACGUUGCGAUCAAGCUCAUGGACUCUGGGUCACUCCAAGGUGAGCGUGAGUUCCAAAAUGAACUGUUUUUUUCCUCAAAAAUUAAUUCUCAAUACGUUGUUUCCGUGUUGGGUUUUUCGUCGAAUCCCAGAAAACGUCGAAUGCUUUUGGUUUAUGAGCUCAUGGAGAACGGCAGUUUGCAAGAUUGUCUUUUUCAACAAAAAAGUGGAGAGUUAAAAAACUGGGACAAGAGGUUUUUAAUUGCUUUGCAUAUAGCCAAGGGGCUUGAGUAUUUACAUCACUAUUGUGAUCCGCCAAUUAUUCAUGGUGAUGUUAAGCCGAGUAAUAUUUUGUUGGAUGGGAGUUUUAAUGCGAAAAUUGCUGAUUUUGGGUUGGCUAGGUUGAAGUUGGAAGAGAAUGUUGAAGGUGAGGUGAAGGAGGGUAAUUUGGGUAAUGGGGUGGAGGAUAAUGGAUCUGUAUUGGAGGAGACAGAGAGUGUGAUCACAGCCAGUGGGAUUGAGGAGUUCAAUAAUGCUCAACAUCAAGUGUGCGUGGAAAGGUCUCCGGAGGGUGCUUUUCUGCGGGUUGAGGCCUCACCAGAGGUAAUAAUGGGGGUGGAAUUGUCGCCUGAGGCAGAGUCGGAUCCUGUGAUGUCGCCGACGACAGUGGCUGCAAUGGCAUCACCACCCGAGGGUUUGGAGAAGACGAGCGUAUCAGAGGAGAAAUUUGAUAGGCUUAGUAUUGAGAGUGGAGGAGAAAGGAAUGUGUGGAAAAAGAAGAAGAUUUUUUCUGGGAAAGAUUGGUGGUGGAAGCAAGAAAAUGGAGGAGAAGGGAAGUCAGGAAGGGUGAAGGAUUAUGUGAUGGAAUGGAUUGGGAAUGAAAUAAAAAAGGAGAAACCGAAGAGCGAGUGGGUUGGAGUGUCAUCAAGCGCAGGAGUGGUUGGGAAAUUGGAAAAAAAGAAGAAGGAAAAGCAGCUAGAUUGGUGGGUGUCUUUAGAUGAAAAGAAGAAUUUGAAGAAGGAGAAGAGGAGGCCUGCAAGCGAGUGGUGGAAGGAAGAGUAUUGUGAGGAGCUCGAGAAGAAGAAUAAAAAAAAGAAAAAACAUUUGCAGGGUUCAAUCAGUGAUGAUUGUUAUAGUGGGAAUUGGGAGCCAAGAGACCAACUGUAUGCUGAUAUAAAGAAAAAAAGUAGGAACAGGAGUAGAGGUAGUGUGGAUUGGUGGUUGGAUGGGUUUAGUGGCGAGCUUUGGAGAGUGCGGAGAAGAAGUUAUGAUUCCAUCGGUGGGGAGAUACCUAAGAGUGGUGGUAUUAGCAGCACACCAAGUAUGAGAGGAACUGUGUGCUAUGUUGCACCAGAGUAUGGUGGUGGGGUUGAUAUAUCUGAGAAAUGUGAUGUUUAUAGUUACGGAGUUUUAUUGUUAGUUCUUAUUGCUGGACGUAGGCCACUUCAGGUGACUGGGUCACCCAUGUCAGAGUUCCAACGGGCCAAUCUUAUAUCUUGGGCGCGACAUGUUGCCUGUGCAGGGAAGCUUCUUGAUUUAGUUGAUCUGAAUAUUCAAUCUUUAAAUAAAGAGCAAGCCCUGCUAUGCAUCACCGUGGCACUACUGUGCCUGCAGAAGUCACCUGUGUGCCGGCCUUCAAUGAAUGAGGUGGUGGGGAUGCUGUGUGGAGAUUUAGAAUCUCCACAACUACCAGUUGAAUUUUCCCCAUCACCUCCCUCCCGCUUCCCAUUUAAGUUACACAAGAAAUUUUGGUAA